GUUGCUUCAGGACAAACUUUUCACUAUCUUGUCUCUCAGAAGACAUUUCGUCCGGGCGGUUGGAUAUAAAACAUUUCUGUAUAAAGCAGAACUUCAGAGGAAACCAUGUUUGUGUUUGUCAGGAUGACAUCGGCUGGACUUUCUCCUCUCCUGCUGUUGUUUCUCAUCUCUCACUACCUCAUGCUCUCGACACAAAGCUCCACCCCAAACACUGACGAGUUUCUGGGACCGAUCGAGUGUCUUGAAAGGAACUUUACUCGUGAGUCAUGUGACCUGGUGUUUUGCAGUCCGUGGCAGUAUUGCAUAGACGGACGAUGCACCUGCAAACCGGCCUAUCUGUGUCCCAGCGAGGGCGUGGCCCCGGUCUGUAGCCGUGCCAACAGGCAGCUCCUGUCGUAUUGCCAGGCAAUGGCUGUUUCCUGUCAGACCAAGAGACCCUUCAUGUCCCAUUUUGGGGAAACCUGCAGAGCCGAUCAACCAAAGUUCAGAGGUUCAAUAGAGCAAGGCACAGAAGUGGUCAGGCUCUUUGUUCCCGGCACUGGGAGCACUGAAGGAGGUGGCGAGGAGUUACUGGUGUGUCCGGAGCUGUGGGACAUGGCUGCUGCUAACGUGGCCUGCAAGGAGGACGGACACCCACUUGGUGCCGCGUUCUCCGGUACCGUGUCAUACGUUUCCCUGACGAGCUACCAUGACGACCAGCAGUUGCCGGUCAAAUGUGUGAGCGUCCGUUGCCAGGGUUACGAGAACUCACUGGCAGAAUGUGUGAUCUACGACAAGACCGUCAUUGACAACAGGGAUGUCGCUACGGCAACCUGCGUCCAGCCAUCAGGUGAGGAGUGUGAAUUCAGGUGUGUGAACAGGAAGUGUGUGUCUCUCAGUCAGACGUGUGACGGAGUCGACGACUGCGGCGACCGCAGUGACGAGAUGUGCUGCGAGAAAUGCAGAAACGGAGCUUUCCGCUGCAGCACAGGUGUUUGUUUGCAUAAAGAAGCAGUUGGUGACGGACAGAUCGACUGUCUGGAUGGCGAGGACGAAUCAAAGAAACACACUAAGCCACUUCCUCUUCUCACGAACACAGAGUACAUCUCUCCAAAAAACGAAACUAGGGCCAACAGAGUGCAUCUGGAGUCCAAGUUGAACUGUGGGAUUCCUCAAACAAGCAGCGUGGACCAAGAGGAGCGAGGAGGAGGAGGCCGCUUCAAGAGAGUGGUAGGAGGACAGCCAACACAACCGACUCAGAUCCAGUGGCAGGUCGCUCUACAGAUGAACAGAAGGAUUCAAUGUGGAGGAGCUUAUAUCGGAGACUGCUGGGUAAUCACUGCUGCUCACUGCCUCGGGACAAAACCUUCUCUCUCGAUCACCGAAGACGGAGUUUCUGGUCAAGAGAGAGACACCAACCAAAAGCCUAACCUCGCUAAAUUGUUUGUGAAGUUAUCUCUCUGGAAGAAGGUCAUGCAUCAGGCCUCUACAGAUAUUGUUCCUGUUCACGAUGUCCACAUCCACCCUAAGUACAACCCCAACACCCAUAAGAAUGACAUCGCUCUGGUGCAGCUGGAGAAGCUUCCGUUCAACGACAAAUGUUUUGAGGACAGCCCGACCAUCAGUCCUGUCUGCGUUCCCUGGACCACCAGGCUCUUCCAUCCCAACCACACCUGCACCAUCUCUGGAUGGGGGCAGGAUGCAGGUGGUAGACUGUCCCGGGUCCUACAGUGGGCCAGCGUGUCCCUCAUUGAAGACUGUCAGAGAUUCCAUAAUGACAGCAUUAAACCCGGCAUGAUCUGUGCAGGUGAUCUGAACGGGAGAGUGGACGCCUGUGAGGGGGAUAAUGGAGGUCCUCUGGUGUGUGAGGAUGAACUGGGUGUUUCUUACCUGUGGGGCAUCGUCAGCUGGGGGCGGGGAUGUGGCCGGCCGAGAUCUCCAGGAGUUUAUACGCAGGUCGCUCAUUACUUUGAGUGGAUCAGAUUUCAUACAGGGUGGCCUGCUGUGACGAGGUUCAACUCCCAAUAAUACUCAAACAACCAACUCCAGAAGGAUUACAUUCAUAUUUCACAUUGGCUACAGCUGUGUACUGAUUGACAAUUCUAACUUUUUAAAAAUGUUUUAUACAUUUGUUGCUGUACAAAGCAAAAAAAAACAUUUUCAGUUGUGUGUAGAUUUAUUAAUGUAAAGUUAAUAAAAUAUUAUGUAAUGCUGUAACUAAGAAAGUACUGUUGUCACCUGGUUCAUUAAAAAGUAGACCAUUAUUCACUGUUAUUCAUAUUUUAUAGUACAUGUUGCAUUGUCUCCUCUGAAUAAACAAAUAAACUAACAAUAUCAUCA